UUUUAAAUAACGUAUUUAGCGAGAUCUCGUCAAUUGUCACCGAAUCGUCAAAGAUGAGCGUUAUCCUGGAAAAUCAGCCGAUCAAAGUGAUCGACCCGUCGGAAUUGCUGCGGCCAGAACCAGGCUUUGCCAAAAAACCCGUAGGACAAUUCCGGGACUAUUCGGUUGACGAAAAUGAUCCCAUCAAGGAAAGAGUCCGAAAAACGUACAAGGAAAUGCACACGUACCAGACCGUGGAGUUCGUUCAAGAAAAAAUAAAAACUUGGACCAAGUUCAACCACUUCAAAUCAACAAUCAAAAAAGCCCUAAUCCGCCUUAACGACUUGGUUGAUGAAAGUGAUCCCGAUGUUGAUCUUCCCAACAUCGUCCAUGCCUUCCAAACGGCUGAAAGAAUACGAAAAGACUAUCCUGACUUAGACUGGUUCCAACUAACUGGACUAAUUCAUGAUUUGGGCAAAGUUAUGGCAUUCUAUGGGGAACCACAGUGGGCUGUUGUCGGCGACACCUUCGUAGUGGGCUGUGACUGGGGCAAAGAUAUUGUCUAUAGAGACACUUCUUUCGUCGAUAACGUCGAUGGAAAAAAUCCCAAAUAUAAUACAAAAUAUGGGAUUUACAAACCAAACUGUGGACUGGAAAAUUUGUUACUUUCUUGGGGUCAUGAUGAGUACUUGUAUCGCGUUUUGGUGCAUAAUAAAUCAACUCUUCCGAAACAAGCCUUGUGGAUGAUUCGUUUCCAUAGUUUUUAUCCUUGGCACUCAAGUAACAAUUACCAACAUUUAACAACUAAGGAAGAUGAGGAGGAAAUCAAGGAUUGGGUUUUGAAAUUUAACCAAUAUGAUUUAUACACCAAGAGCACCGAAAUCCCGGACAUUGAAGCACUGUGGCCCUAUUACGAAAAAUUGAUCGAUAAAUACAUACCGGGAGUGUUGGAAUGGUAAAUAACUUUCGAGAAAACACUUUUAUUAAAAAAUAAUCUACAUGUACAUACAAAACUUGAAAUAAAUUUUACCUAAGUAAACAA